CACAGGUGAGGGUUCAAGCUCGUGCAGCCUUGCGUCCAAGCGCGCGCUUAGAGCUCCACACGCACAGACACGCACUCUAAUUACUGUCAUUAUUAUAUUAAUACUAAUAAUAAUCAGCAUCCGUUAACAUGUACCGGGGAGGCAGAGCAUCGUCUUUGGGCGCAGAAGCGCGUUUGGGUCGCACCCGCAGCCCGGUGCGGUACGGUGCCGGAGGCGCAAUGCAACCCGGAGAGGAAAAAGAGACGAUGCGCGGGUUGAACGAGCGCCUGGCGGAUUACCUGAGCCAGGUGAGACUGCUGGAGGAAGCCAACAGCAAGCUGGAGGCGCAGAUCAAGGAGGUUGUAACCGAGAGGCGCGCGACCGGACAGAAAGACUGGAGCGGCUAUGAGAAAACUGUCUCCACCCUGAGAGACCAGGUGAAAGAAAUGACUCUGGAUAACGCCCGCCUCAUGCUACAGAUCGAUAACGCCAGACUGGCUGCUGACGACUUUAAAGUCAAGUUUGAGGCAGAGAUUACUGUUCGCCAGGGAGUCGAGCAGGACAUCAUCAGCCUCCGGAAGAUGAUCGACGACACUCAUAUGAGCAGCAUGCAGCUGGAGAGCGAGGUGGAGUCUCUGACCGAGGAGCUCAUAUACCUGAAAAAGAGUCAUGAAGAGGAUCUCGCGAGUGUGAAAGGUCAGAUCAGAGACUCCAACGUGGACGUGCAGAUGGAGGCAGUGAAGGGCGAAGACAUCAACGAGACCAUCGAGAAAAUCCGGCAGCAAUAUGAAAAAGCAGUGCAGAAGAACCGUGAGGAGACUGAGGCCUGGUACCAAAACAAGUUUGAAAGCAUCUCAGUUGAGGUGAGGAGGAACACUGAUGCUCUCCAGCAGGGACAGAGCGAGCUGAAUGACCUGCGCAGACAGAAGCAAGGGCUGGAGAUCGACCUUCAGACUAUGCACAGCAUGAACCACUCUCUGGAAGACACACUGAACGAAACGCUGGGACGUUACUCCCGAAACGUGAACAAUCACAACAUGGUUAUCCAGAAGCUGGAGGCGGAGCUUGGCGAGGCUCACACCCAGGUGACGAGGCAGGGGACGGAGUAUCAGGCUCUGCUUAACAUCAAGAGUAAACUGGAAGAAGAGAUCGCCACCUAUCACAGCCUUCUGGAAGGUACAGGGCUGCCCUCCAAUGGUAUCACCGAUCCUGGAUUACCUGAAAAUUACGAUUUUAAAGGCACAAGGGCACGAGACGACGUCAACGUCAAGAAUGUCAGUCUACCAGAAGAUGCUAAUGUCAUAGAUAACGGUGCGUUUGAAGACACUGAUAUUGGAGGCGGCGGUUUGGGUGGAUCUGAUGAAAGUGUGGAGUUUUCACUAGAGCAAGCUCUAUGUGCUGAGCCACGUUGCCUACCUCCUGACCCGACACUCAAUAACAAGAUUGUGGAAGAAGAGGUGAUCACUCAGAAGGAUCUGGAGCUGAACGCUGCCAACACUGCCAUGAACAAGCAGUACAUUCACAAAGAAGCCGAACGAGGAAUGAACGAAGAUCCAGUCAUCCUAGAGGAAAUGGAGAAGGAGGAGGAGGAGGAAGAGGAAGAUGUGGGGAGCCCAGUGGAGGACCCUGUAGCUGAGAAGAAUGAGGAAGAGGAGACGGUGAGUCCUGUGGUGGACAAACAGAUGGAGAAGGUGGUGGAGGCAGUGGGUCUUGUGGAGAACACACAAGUGCAGAAGGUGGAGGAAGCAGCAAGUCUUGUAGAGCACAUACAGGAAGAGAAGGUGGAGGAUGCAGCAAGUGCUGUAGAGAACACACAUGCGGAAAGGGUGGAGGAGACCUCAAGCCCUUUGGAGAACACACAGGAGAAGAAGGUGGAAGGGGCAGCAAAUCCUGUGGAUAACACACAGGUGGAGGAGACCUCAAGCCCUGUGCAGAACACACAGGUGGAAGAGACCUCAAGCCCUGUGCAGAACACACAGGUGGAAGAGACCUCAAGCCCUGUGGAAAACACACCGGUGGAGAUGGUGGAGGACACACAGGUGGAAAAGACCUCAAGCCCUGUGGAGAACAAACAACUGGAGAAAGUGGAAGAGCCCUCAAGCCCUGUGGAGAAGAUGGAACAGGCAGAAAGUCUUUUGGAGAACACACAGGUGGAGAGGGUAGAGGAGACCUCAAGCCCUGUGGAGAACACACAGAUGGAGAAGGUAGAGGACACAGCACGUCCUGUGGAGAUGGUGGAAGAGACAACAAAUCCUGUGGAGAACACCGAGGUGGAGCUGGUGGAGGAGACCUCAAGCCCUGUAGAGAAUGCACAGGUGGAGAAGGUGGAGGACACAGCAAAUUCUCUAGAGGACACUCAAGCUGAGGAGGAAGAGGAGGAGGUGGAGGUAAAACCUGCUGUGGGGAAGAUUAAUCCAGAGGAGGAAGAGGAGGAGAAACAGAACGGGGAGGGGCCUGAGAACCCAGAGGUGGAGCCUUUGCUGAAUAUGAAAGAGUGAUGUGUCCACUGCAGUGUUGCACGACGUCCUCAGAUUUAAAUUACUGCCUUAAUCUCUUUCUUUCUGUAUUUCUCCCGGUCUCUGCUGUGCUUGUCUGCCUGUUGUCUUUAUGUUCAACAAUAAAAGAAGUGUGACCUCUGAA